AUGGAAUCGGAAUCAUAUCUCCGUUUAAAUGAGACAUACGAAGACUUUUACAACAGAUGUAAUAAUUUAACAUACUUUGAUUGUAGUGAAGAGGAAAUGUUAUGGUGGUUGAUGGGUUCGCGUAGAUUACCAUUAAACGAAAUCGUGCCGCUUAGUGUAGUACUCGUGGUUAUAUUUUUGACAGGGGUGGUAGGUAACGUGUGUGUAUGUGUCGUAAUUGUGCGAAAUCCGGGGCUACACACCGCGACCAACUAUUAUUUAUUCAGUUUGGCUGUAAGUGACUUAUUGCUGCUCUUGUUUGGCCUACCAAAUGAUCUUGCAGUGUAUUGGCACCAAUAUCCUUACAGCCUGGGCUUAGUUUUCUGCAAACUUCGAGCAUUCAUAUCGGAAGCGGCAACAUACGUAUCAGUUCUGACAAUAUCAGCUUUCUCCCUGGAACGAUAUUUGGCUAUAUGUCAUCCUCUACAUCUUUAUGCGAUGGCCGGUCUCACGCGGGCGUCUCGCAUAAUCGUGGUCCUGUGGAUGCUGGCCUUCAUCAGCGCUUCACCCUUUGCUCUCUACAGUGACAUCAGCUAUCGAGACUACCCUCCAAAUUCCGGCAACUUGUCCCUGAAUUCUGCCUUCUGCACCCUGACAGCGUCGUCUCCUCUCCUGGAGAUCAGUAGCAUCUUCUUCUUCUUCGUGCCAGCUGUUCUCAUACUUUGUUUAUAUUUAACUAUGGGAAUACAUAUCCGGUCAUCCCGAGUAAGCUCUAAUGCAAAGCAAGGGCUGUUCAAAGACCAUGUGCACGGUGAAUCGAGACAGGCGAAGUCAAGAAAGGCGGUUGUUCGGAUGCUUGUGGCAGUAGUAAUAGCGUUCUUCGUAUGCUGGACCCCAUUCCACGUACAACGCCUGUUCUUCAUCUACGGCUACGAUCACCCUCAGUUCCACGUGAUCAACGAGCACCUCUUCAACGUUGCUGGUGCCUUGUACUACGUGUCAGCGACUGUCAAUCCGAUACUUUAUAAUGUCAUGAGCGCUCGGUAA